AUCCUGGCGCCCACCGGCCAAAUAGAUGAUACUUAUCUUCGUUUAUCUGGCCUCUCUAAAAAUGCAAAUAGCAAAUACCCCUUGGCAUUGCUGAAAAUGAUGAAAAGAUAUGCCGAGGAUCGCAUUUGGGCAAAUGAUAUCGAGGAAGGCAAAAGUGUGCUGAAGUUCUUAAUUACUCUAAUGGAAGAAAGAAAGGGUAUAAAAGCUAUGAAAAAAGAUUCAAAAAGAAAGCUAGGUUUUCUAGGCAAAGAAGGAUUCGACAGAUUUGGCAAUAAUAAACUGUUUGCCCCACUGAUGAAAUGGGAACGCUAAAAAAGGAAAACGCUGAAAUCAUCGAAAAAUACGCCAAGGAAUACCAAGACGCUUUUAACAGCGUUACAGGUUCUAUUAGACAGAAGGAGGAAAUUACUGACAUACUGAAGAAGUUAAUCCCAAAGGCAACCAGAAUACAGGUUAGCAAUCAAAUCAAACGACAGAAAGCGGCAAGAGCAGUGGAUGAAAGCCAAAAGAGGCUUUACGUCGAUAUCAUCGCUCAAGUAGAAUUACGCCUUGUAGGUACUAUGGAGACGAUUAAGGCACUACUGGUUGAUUUACAAGCACAAAAAAACAUGCAGCAUCUCUUUGCAAUGCUCCAGGGAUUAAUAGGCUUCGUGAGUGCGGUUGGAGGAAAAGAUCCAAUGGGUGUACUUAGUUCCAGCUUCAGCCUCAUUGAGAAUGAGGCUCUGAGGUGCAAUAGAGGAACACUUCAACAGAACAAGGCAAAAAUAAAAAAAUGGUUGAAAUUUGGAAAGGCGUACGAAGCUCUGGAAGAUUCUAGUGACUUGAAUUUUGACAAAAUGGACAUACGAUCUGUUCCAGAUAUGAUGAAGGCAGAUCUGGAAAUAAACAAUGAAGGGCUUCUAGCAGACCUGGUUUGUUUGCUGGAUGUUGAUCUUCCACCACACGUGACGGCAACUUUUAAGAGCGAAAUCGAGAAAUUCUUCAUCGAUGGUGGAACAAGGAUUGAUCUCAUUGCGCAGGUCAUGGAGUUAGACAACAACAUUGGCACAUAUAAUUACGACAUCGCCAAUUUAAAAGAAACUCAAAAGCAAAUUCAAGCAGUCAAUAAAGCAAAGGAUACCCCAAUAGCUGACAGCAUACGACAGGAGUUUCUCGAUAACCUUUUGAAUAUCUAUGAAGAACUGGAAACCAGUUUUUCCAGGCAGCUGUAUUUGUUCUACAAGGGUUUUGAGUUCCGGUCCUUGUGGAACAUGGACGAAAAGAUGGCAAGGUUUCAACGUCGCGCAGCAACCCUUGCAAAAGGCACCGGAUAUCUUCAAGGAGUUAACUCACUGAAUCGUGCUUUACUGGAAAUAACAAAUAUUGAAAUGGCAGCUAGAAGUUGCUUUACCAGUAAAAAGCCCAAAAUUGGCAUAUACAAAUGGUCCUUUGACAAAAUGAAAGAUCCAACGAUGUUCAAGGAGUUGUACGAAAGCUACACGACCUUUACCUUGGAUAUAGAUCAGGCCUGUAGAGAUUGCUACAAUGUGCGCCUCCUAAAGAUGUAUGUGGAGCUAUACGGUAAAGCCCAAGAUCAGAGCGUCCCAGACAAAGUUCGUCUGAAGCUCAAACCACUGAGCAGGUCCUACUUUAGAAUUGGCGAUCAGAUUAAAGACUUUCAUCAACCGAUAGCCUCUUGGAAGUACUUACAUUUCGACCGUUUCAAGAUAACUAAUAAAGACAAGUGUAGACAGGAAAAAGAACAUGGACGGGAUGGCGGUUUUUACUGUAUGGCAAAACACGACACGCGCCUGACAGAAAUGUGCUGUCACCCGCUCAUCAGCGCACCUUGUGAUGAUGCUUUAACGGGAGAGGAAGAAUGUCGCAGUGUAUUUGGGACGUACAACAUUUCCAUACCAAUCGAUCAGACACUAGAUUGCAGACGACAAAUCACUUACAAAAACUGCAAAAGCCUGAAACGAGAACUAUUCACUCACAUGAAUGUUUGGACAACCUUUAUGUACUGGCCUGAAACAUACCCACAGACACCGGAGGAUUGUGGGAUUCAAAAGCGCAACGUGACAGUCGAGGCUGAUGUUGAAGAGCUCGAUUCUCCACUUGUCUUGAAACGUGACGCCGAUGUUAAUUAAAACAAAGGCAAAUAAGUUCAAGAGAUGAUUCCUUAAUCGUCCAUAAAAGGAAAGGGAUGCAUUUCCAGCCGAAUAAAUAAACAGACAAAUUCAAAGAUAA